AUGAAGUUUGAAACUAUUUUAUCAAUUGCUGCUUUGACUGUUGGUGUUACUGCUGGUCUCGCUAAGGAAAAUACAAGUCCAUAUAUUCAACAAACUGCUACUGUUACUACCUACACAACUCAGAACUAUCAAAGAGAAAUAAAUGAGAUUAUUGCUUUAUAUGGAAGAAAUAAAGUUGGUUAUCAGGUUGAAGAGGAAGAUUCUGAUUGUGAAGAAGAAGAAGAAGAUAUUGUUCCUACUUCCACCGAUUGUGAUGAGGAUGAUGAAGACAAUGUACCAACUUCAACUGAUUGCGAAGAAGAAGAUGAUGAACCAACCUCAACUAAUUGUGAUGAUAAAUCUACUGAAGUUCCAACAACAUCUGAUUGUGACGAUCAAACAUCAGAAAUCCCAACAACAUCAUUUACGACCUCCAGUAUUAGCUCCUCAUCUAGCGUCCCACAAUCCAGCUCCGCUGAAGUUUCCAGUAUCGUUUCGGCUACCUCCAUUCCUCAAACUAGUAUUAUCGUUUCAUCAAGUUCAACCCCUGAAGCUUACAUUCAAUCCAGUUCUCUUCUCGAAACUAGUAGUCUUCCAGAAUCAAGCACCGUUUCUGAAACUUCUAGUAUUGUUUCAUUAAGUUCUAUCUCAGACACUACUUCAUAUACCACUGUUAUUGCCGAUUCUACUACUGUUGUCACUAUUACUUCAUGUAGCCAUGGUAUAUGUUCUACAUCAGCUGCUACUACAGGUGUUACCGUUGUCACCAUUACUGAUCAUGAAGUUGAAACCUCAUAUACUACAUUUUGUCCUUUAACUGCUACCAGACCAGUAGAUAUCAGUACUUCAGUUUUAAGUGUACCAACUCCUUCAAGCACUUCUGCUAUUUUAUCCACUACUGUCAGUUUAUUUACUUCUUCAUCUAUCAUCCCAAGUUCAUCUACUACAUCAACCAAUGUUGCAUCUUCUAGUUCUGCUAUUGAAAGUUCAAUCGUUGAAAGUUCUUCUUUAGCUGAAUCUUCUUAUUUUACAGUUGACUCCACUGUAUCAAGUACUUCUUCUCAAAUUUCAAUUCCUGAAACUACCACAUACACUACUGUUACUGCCGAUUCUACUACUGUUGUCACUAUUACUUCAUGUAGCCAUGGUAUAUGUUCUACAUCAGCUGCUACUACAGGUGUUACCGUUGUCACCAUUACUGAUCAUGAAGUUGAAACCUCAUAUACUACAUUUUGUCCUUUAACUACAACCAGACCAGUUGAGGAAUAUGAAGUUGAAUCCACACCAGCUACUAGUUCUACUAGUAGUUACUAUUCUUCUUCUUCAGUUGCUGCUACUUCUACUACAUCUAGUUUGUCUAGUAUUUUUUCCAGUUUUUCUUCAAUCAUUUCUUCUAGUGCUGUUACAAGUUCUAGUACCUCCACUACUGCAAGUUCAUCUAGUACUUCUACAACCUCAAGUCCAUCAUCCACUUUGACUGUCUCCACUACUAGUUCCGGUUCAAUAUCUAUUGCAAGCUCAAGUGAGUCAACAUCAAGUACUUCCAAUACUUCCAGUACUGUUAUCAAUUCAAGUGGUUAUACCAUUUCUAGUACCACUUCAUCCAUUGCUUCUACUACUUCCAGCUCUUCUAUUAUUUCUAGUUCAAUCGAUACUAGUGCUUCUAUUUCAUCUAUUUCAAUUGCUGAAAGUUCUGAUGCUGAUGCUAAAUCGAGUUCAAUUAUCUCAACUACUUCAAGUUCAACUACUAGUACUACCAUUACAUCCUCAAGCGUUUCAGACAGUCCUGUUACCUCUCCGGUUGCAGAAGCUAUUGAUUCUUCAGUUGUAUCCUCAGAAACUAGUGUGUCAACUGCUGAUUCCGUCUUGUCAUCAGCUAUUUCAACAUCCGUGGCUGCUACAUCUGAGAAUGUUCCAUCAGUAAGCUUAGUUGAAUCUACUCUUUCUGUUGUCGUAACUGCAGAAUCUACUACUAUCGUUACUAUUACUUCUUGUCAUGAAGCUGGCUGUACAACUUCUGUGGCUACAACUGGUUUAACCGUUGUUACUGUUACAGAUAAUGAGGUUACUACUAUUUUCACUACUUACUGUCCAUUGACUGCUACUACGGCUAUUACUACUACUUAUGCCCCAAGUGAAAUUGGAACAUCUAGUGUUACACCAGAGACUGUCUCUAAUGUCUCAACUUUUUCUGAACUUGCUGAUACUUCUAAGUCGUCUUCUGAUGCUAGUAUUAAAGUCGCUGAAUCAACUGUCACCGAAUCAUCUGUUGCUGAAUCAUCUGUUGCUGAAUCAUCUGUUGCCGCAGUAUCGGCUGUUCCAUCUUCAACUAGAAUUGCUGCUUCCGGUUCUGUUACAACUUCGGAUUAUGCCUCAGCUUCCAGUACUGAAGUUACUUCAACCGAGAGUCCUAUUACCACUGUUAUUGUUGUAAGCUCUUGUGAAGGAACAGUUUGUCAAUCUUCCCUGGUCACUACCGGUGCAUCCGUUGUCACUGUUACUGAUAAUGAAGUAACAUCGAUUUAUACCACUUACUGUCCAUUAUCUGCUGAAGAAGCUGAAGAAGAUAGUGCCGCAAGUGUUUCUACAUCCUUAUUAAGUGAAGUAGCUUCGCUUACACUCCAUACAGUGACACCAACCGUUACCUCUAUUGUUAGUGAAAUCAAUUCCAGCAUUAUAGCUACAGAAACUACUUCAUCAAGUGUUGAACAAAGUAUAAUUGCUGUUCCAUCUGAAUCUUCAUUGACUGUUGCUGCCGCUUCUACUGGUUCAAUUUUAACAACUCAACCAAGCUCAAGUGCAUCUACCACCGAGUCAACUGCUGCUGAAGAAACCAACGCAUCUGUAGAUGCUGUUUCAUUUACUCCAAGUAGUGAAGCUGAAGUUCAAGAAACUACUUCCUUGACUGCUCUUACUCUAGUUGAACAAGUGGGUUCAUCUGUUCCAGCUACAUCCUCCCAAAUCACAACUUAUUAUUCCGACAUUACUAUUUAUUCAACAUCUUACUUACCAUCAACUUCAUGUGAUGCUGAAAACAAUUGCAUCACUUCGUCAGCUUCUACAUUAGUUUCUUUAACUACAUCAAUUCCAAUUGUUGUUUCUCAACCACCAUACUCAGCACAAGGCAACGAAACAACACCAUUGCUUAGUACUUAUGAAGCAGGAGCAAGUUCAAGAAUGGCUUCUACUGGAUUCAUGUCCGCCUUGAUUGUUAUUUUAAUUUCUUUCUUUUAA